AUUGAGUUAAGGACGUUGUCUCAAACUAGGUAGACAGGAACAUCUAUGGGAUGGAGGGCUGUGCCAGAAAGAAUUUUGCUGAGAGGAGCAGAGAUUAGUGUCAGUGACUUCUGCAAGGUUCAUUUAUGGCGUCCACUGGCCUUGGUCACGGAGGAGCAGGCAGUUCUAGAAGUGCUAAUGGAUACAAGAGUUCAUCUAGUUCAGUCGACUGGCUGGGAAGAGAAAUGUUUGAGAUGAGGUUGAGAGACAGGGUGGACCAUGAUGAUGACGGGGACAGCGAACCAGAUAUAAUUGAUGGUGUGGGUGCAGAAACAGGGCAUGUUAUCAGAACCAGUAUUGGUGGUCGAAAUGGUCAACCCAAGCAGGAUGUAAGUUACAUUGCAGAACACGUGGUUGGAACUGGUUCUUUUGGUGUGGUUUUCCAAGCAAAAUGUAGAGAGACUGGAGAGAUUGUGGCAAUUAAAAAGGUUCUUCAAGAUAAGCGCUACAAGAACAGAGAACUGCAGAUUAUGCAAAUGUUGGAUCAUCCUAAUAUUGUUGCUCUUAAACACUCUUUCUUCUCAACAACAGACAAGGAGGAAGUAUACCUCAACCUUGUGCUUGAUUUUGUUCCAGAAUCUGUCAAUCGUAUUGCGAGACAAUACACUAGAAUGAACCAAAGGAUGCCAUUGAUAUACGUCAAACUCUAUACCUAUCAGAUAUGCAGGGCACUGGCUUAUAUUCAUAACUGUAUUGGCAUCUGUCACCGUGACAUCAAGCCUCAGAAUUUACUGGUAAAUCCACACACGCAUCAGCUGAAGCUUUGUGAUUUUGGAAGUGCAAAAGUUUUGGUGAAAGGUGAACCCAAUGUGUCAUAUAUCUGUUCGAGAUAUUAUCGUGCCCCUGAACUCAUAUUUGGUGCCACCGAAUACACAACAGCCAUUGAUAUUUGGUCUACAGGUUGCGUGAUGGCUGAGUUACUUCUUGGACAGCCAUUGUUUCCCGGAGAGAGUGGGGUUGAUCAAUUAGUAGAGAUUAUAAAGGUUUUGGGGACACCUACUAGAGAGGAGAUAAAAUGCAUGAACCCAAACUACACCGAGUUUAAAUUUCCACAAAUAAAACCACAUCCAUGGCAUAAGGUUUUCCAGAAGCGAUUGCCUCCAGAAGCGGUUGACCUGAUUUGUCGGUUUUUCCAGUACUCACCCUAUUUGAGAUGCACUGCUUUGGAGGCUUGUAUUCAUCCAUUCUUUGAUGAAUUGAGGGAUCCUAAUACCCGUCUUCCCAAUGGUCGCCCUCUUCCACCACUUUACAAUUUUAAGCCCCAAGAGCUCACUGGAAUUCCUACUGAAACUCUCCAGCGCCUCGUUCCAGAACAUGCUCGAAGACAGAAUUUAUUCAUGGCUUUACGAUCCUAGUGGCUAUUUCACAUUUUUGCCACUGUCCCUAUCUUCUGUACAAUGUGAUAAAGUGGUGUUUGGACAUCAUCCACAAGUGCUUGUUAAAUGUGGUUGUAGAUCAAGUUCACAGCGCUGUUAGACUUGCCGUUGCAUGUAUGUGAGAGAGCAUCUUGUAAUUUGUUCCUGAUAGCUGUAACGAAUACUGUGCAUAUAUGUCAAAGCACGUUUUGUAUACGUACGAAAACACUGAGGUUUUAGGUUUGGAUGAAGAAAAGCUUAAGAGAUUUUUAUAUAAUUGUUUCAGUUUUUUGUUUUAGCACCAAUUUGUUUCAGGGGCAAUACUAGCUAAUUUUCAUACCAUAAAAGGGUGAUAUAUGUCUUCAGUAUUUCCUUGCA